AUGGAACCAACAGAAAGUGUGGCUGAAGGGCCUGUUUGUUAUCUGGCAGAACCCUGCAUGGCAGGUGAGAGAAGCCCAUCUUCCCAAGAGCUGGGAGGAGACUCCCCCUUUCCCUGGGCUCAGCUCCCCAGCUCUAGCCUUGCUGACCCUGACUGGCUUGGGGAUGAGCACAUCCGGGCAAAGAAGGCCAGGGUGGAGACCAUCGUCCGAGGCAUGUGUGUGUCCCCCAACCCUCUGGUACCAGGCAAUGGCCAAACCAGGAACAGUCCAUGUUGUCCAGAGAAGUUUCGAGAGCGGAAGAGGAAGCAGAGCCUUCCUAUCCAGCAAGGUCCCUUGAGGCCAGGCUCUGCCCAGGACCAGGGUAUGAGGAUGGGGAGUCCCCGAGUGAAAGAACAGCUGCACCUACUGAAGCAACAGCUCCGACAUCUGCAAGAGCACAUCGUGCAAGCUGCCAAGCCCAGGGCCCAAGCUCGGGGCCUAGGAGGCACCUUGAGUGCACCCCAGAAGAAUGGCUGCAGCUCUAGCUCCUGGGCAGCUGGCAGUGACCAGCACCAGGGAUCCAACAAGUACUUCUGUGGAGCAGAGACACGCAAGGUAGCUGAUGAUGGACACCAGUCUGAGAAGCCCAGGUGUCUUCCUUCCACAGCCCAGGCUUUGCUGGAGAUUCUGAGGAAGGAAGUGAUCAGCGUGGUAGCCCAGGCUGUGGAUUCAGUGUUCCAAAGGGUGCUAAUGGAUCUUCCAGACAACCUGCCCCAGCAAAGCAUCAGCUUCCAUAGGCCAGUAGCAGAGAGUAGAAGUGAGCAUUCACCUCCUGGAGGAGGUGACUAUAAAGAUCCACUUGCUCCAGCAUCUUUUCCCAGAAGGGUCCAGGCACAAGCUGGCAUCCCUUUAGAGAACUCAUCACUGACCAAGCCUCUAGAUUCUCCUAAAUACCCUAUCUCUCCAGGAAAGGUCCCCAAACCCUAUCAGGGUUCCCCAGCCAACUGUCCCUUCACUGUGCCUUCCUAUAUCCAGGAAAAUCAGGUUUAUAAUGGCUAUUGGAGCCAUGGUCGUCUCCAAGAUUCAUCUUCCCAAAGUCUCCCAUCCCCAGAGUCUUCUCUGCGUCCUUUGGUUUUGAACCAGCCCCACCUCUCCCUGCCUUUUAUGGCAGCCCAUCUGGAGAGCCAACUCCUUCCUCCCUCAGUGAAGAGAGAGCAGAGUGGCCGGCAAGCUGUCACCGACGUACUUCCUUUCUCUUCCAUUCACAUCCAGGAAGGCUUAAACCCUGGUCACCUGAAGAAGGCCAAACUAAUGUUUUUCUAUACGCGGUAUCCCAGCUCCAACCUCCUGAAGGCUUAUUUCCCUGAUGUUCAGUUCAACCGCUGCAUUACUUCUCAGAUGAUCAAGUGGUUCAGCAACUUUCGUGAGUUUUAUUACAUCCAAACGGAAAAAUUUGCUCGGCAAGCAAUUUCAGAUGGUGUCACAAAUCCCAAAAUGCUGGUGGUUCUCCGUGAUUCAGAACUUUUCCGAGCUCUAAAUAUGCACUAUAACAAGGGAAAUGACUUGGAGGUCCCGGACUGCUUCUUGGAAAUCACCGGCUUGACAUUACAGGAGUUCUUCAGGGCUGUCAUUGCAGGGAAAGACUCAGAUCCUUCCUGGAAGAAACCCAUUUACAAAAUUAUUUCCAAACUGGACAGUGACAUCCCAGAGAUAUUCAAAUCUCCCAGCUAUCCCCAGGAACUGUUUCAAAAUUAG